UUUUAGCCGUCUAAGAUGAGAUUUAAAUUAAGUUUCCGAAAAUUUAUUUAAUUUAAUGGAUUGGGUUCUAAGUUGUGAUGAAAUUGUAGUUACUAGCAUUUUGUGCUUGUAGUGAAGAAAAUAUUACUAGAGCUAAGCAGGUAACUAUUUCGUCAUGCUCUCGUUUAAGUAAAUUAUAGUUCAUCGGAAGGUUUUAUUCUUUGUUUGAACAGUAGUUAGUUCAUGGGGAAGUUUUUAGUAUGCUUUUAAUUUAAGUCGCUGCAAGCAAUGUUUGAAGCAUAAUGUAUGCACUUGUCAAAUGGCUACAGGCCGAGGGUCUUUGAGGUUCCGUUUUUUCUUUCUUUACUGGAAAACUUGGAGAAUGUUUAUGGAGAUAAUAUGUGAAUUAAUUGAUGCAUUGGGUAUUCUUUUUUGUUAACAAUUAAGUAGCAGCGUUGGUUCUACAUUCAUGUAGUUUGGAUAUGCUUUGGUUUGGACAGGAGGGUUUCUAUUCAGAAUUACGAGAAGGCAAUGAUGCAGAAAAAGAUAUGGACGAGUCGUGCCCUUUGGUUUUAGUUGAUUACGAGGAUACCCAAAUUUCAGCUCACGCGUUCCAAACACAACCGUCAAGUCCCAAUGAAGUGGCAUUUACUUAUCACUACGGUUCAAGUUUUGUGUUAGGUGAAAGCUCUCAUAGAGGGCUAGGGUUCUCUGAGGAACUUGAGGAAACCCCAAGUGGCGUUGAAGAUUCCUCAAAGCAAAUGGAAGAGCCACAAUAUUCAUGUUUUGACUUGGAGUCUUCUGAUAAAGAUGUGGAUGCCAAUGACGGGAUGGACUGUGAAGUUGGCGAAGAGAUGGCUGAAGAGAUGCCAACAGAGAUGUUGUCGCCCAAGAAGAACUCAGGCUUUUUGUCAAUUGGUGGCAUGAGAUUGUACACCCAAGAUAUUUCUGAUGAAGAAAGUGAAGAAGAAGAAAAUGGAGAGUCACUGUAUGAGGGAAGCUCAGGCUCUUCUGAGUCUGGAGAACGACUUGGAUCCUCUGAAAGUGAAGACUCUGAAGAAAUGUCUGAUAGUGAUUCAGAUAUAGACGAUGAUGUUGCAGAAGAUUAUUUAGUGGGAAUUGGUGGGAGUUACAACAUUUUAAGUUCCAAAUUUUUGGUAGAACAGGAUUUGGAUGAGCCGGAUAAGAAUAGCUCUCUGAGGAGUGGCUUUGAUGAAACUUUGCAGAAGUUGGGCGGAAUUGCUCUUCAGGAUGCAUCUAGGGAAUAUGGUAGGAAGAAGGGCCAGUCACAGAAGAAACAUAAUGUGAAUGAAAGACAUGCUCGGUCUUUGGCUAUAGAUGACCUAAUGCUUUUAAAGGAUCCAAGAAAGCAUACAAAAAAGAAGCCCGUUGCUAAGUAUCCUCAGUCUUGGCCUGCAAAAGCUCAAAGGAGUAAAUUCUCAAGAACUUUUCCUGGAGAAAAAAAGAAACAUCGUAAAGAAAGGAUGGUUGAGAAGCGCAGGGAGAGAAUGCUGCGCCGAGGUGUUGAUCUUGAGCGCAUAAAUUUGAAAAUGGAGCAAAUUGUUUCGGAUGGAGUAGAUAUGUUUUCUUUUCAGCCUAUGCAUUCCAGGGAUUGUUCCCAGGUGCAGCGAUUAGCCGCAAUUUAUCACCUAAGGAGUUCCUGCCAAGGAUCUGGCAAGAAGAGGUUUGUGACAGUGAUGCAGACACAACACACAGGCAUGCCAUCGUCAAUUGAUAGACUUCGUCUUGAAAAGUUGAUUGGAGCUGACAUGGAGGAUGCUGAUUUCUCUGUUGUUGAGCCUGGUAGAGACAAAAACAGGUCAAGGAAAAUUGGAAAAGGGAUUGAUUUUAAGACACCGGAAUCUAAACAAUCCAGCCAAAGAAAGACACCGAAGACCUCAGCCAAACGUGGCAGUGGAAAAAUGGAUUCAUAUGCUAAUGCACCAGUAUCAUUUGUGUCAAGUGGUGUAAUGCAAUCAGCAACUGAGAGUGUAACUGUUGACUCAAUAGACGCAAGUUGCAAAAGCAAGGCUGUUGCUGAGUCAACUGAAUAUCGUUCGUUUGAGGUACACACUAAGGGUUUUGGAUCGAAAAUGCUGGCUAAAAUGGGAUAUAUCGAAGGUGGUGGAUUAGGAAAAGAUGGACAAGGCAUGGCUGCGCCCAUUGAAGUGAUCCAACGGCCUAAAUCACUUGGGUUGGGUGUGGAGUUCCCCAGCCCCGUUGAGAUCCCAGUCAGUAGAACACCCCCAGUCAAGAAUAACGCAGUAAAGAGUAACCCGAUAAGAAGCAGAUCUCAAACUCAGAGUCAAAGAGUCGGAGCUUUUGAAAGGCAUACCAAAGGAUUUGGCUCGAAGAUGAUGGCGAAGAUGGGAUUUGUUGAAGGCACUGGAUUGGGGAAAGAUUCACAAGGCAUUGUCAACCCUCUAGCUGCAGUCAGGCUACCAAAGUCGAGGGGAUUAGGUGCCUCAGGUUAAGUUAAUUUUAAUUUAUAUUUGCUUACUUGUAGAACUUUUGUCAUUGAAAAUAAAACGUGGUAGGGUUACCAUCAAAAGCCACAAAGUUUUAAAUGU